GAUUUCUACUAUUGAAUAAUACGGACAAGAUUCCUGAUAACGCUUCUUCACGUCCCUUGGCCAGUAUAGGCGCUUCCUAGACAGAGGGGCUGUAGAGUUCCCUUGAGUUGGCAGUGAGUUGGCCCCUACAUUUCAGGUCGGAGUGAAAAUCAAUAUCUCCGUUGAUACUGCCCAGUUAAUUCUGUUGAUUAUCGAUGAUACCCAAUUUCUGCAGCUUCGUUAUUACGCAGCGAUGGCGACGGCGACGGCAGCGAUGACAAAUUCCUUCUUUCCACGCAGUUCUGGCGACAAAAACAGCCGAAAGGUAGAGCUUCUAGACCUCAUACGCCAAUUCCCGGUGGUAUCUGUUCUUGUCCCUCAAAUGGGACUUGGCGAUAUCUUGAAUCUAUCGCGCGUCAACUCCCAUUAUAGGGCUGUUCUUCACGGGUUUGCACUUCCAAUCUCGGGUCCUGGAGACGUCCACAAUCAGGGCAAAGGCCAGCGGCAACGCAUUCGGCCAGAUAUCCAUAUCGGAGAUCAUCAGACCUUGUACUGGAAGCGCAUAAAGAAAAGCGGACAGCUCCUCUGCUCAGAGCCAACCCACACAAGAGGCCCGGCUCCACGGUUAUGCAAAUACUGCUCGUUGCCAGUCUGUGAAGCAUGCAUUGUCAAAGAAUCCUUUCGCCAAUCUACCUCAGCCUAUAAAAGCCGCACGCGCCCCUUAUGCAUCGACUGCUGGCUCUCCGGCAACCCCCACGACAGCCAGCGGCCAUCGGCAGCACCAGAUUUCGCCCAGGUGGCCAGCGCGUACUGCAACUGCACCGCCAAGGACGGCUGGAUGUGUUCGAAAUGUCGCGAGAUUCAGGUCCGAACGGGCCAGGAGCCGAUCCAGACGUGUAGUGGUGAGGGGUGUGCUAGGCCGCCGGGUGAGGACAAUGGCCGGAGAAGGAUCUGUCUCUGGUGUCAUCUGCCGCUUGUUGCGCGGCCGACUAUGGAGCAGUGGAGGGAAGGGUAUGCGGAGAGGCAUGCGCUUCCGGAGUAUGGGCGAUGGGGUGAACUGGGCAAUGGGGAAGGGAGAGAGGAAGAAAUAGGGGUGGAUCGCGAGGGGGAGGGGCGGGAUCGUUGUUGCGUGCCGAUGGAGAUUGAUGCCCCGCGUACUUAUAUAGAUGCAUGUGAAAUGAGUAGUGACUUUUAGCAUGUUAAGAACGGAAACGGAGAGUGCCCCAAAUUGAUGCCAGAUCAAUUGGGCUAGAUGGGAAUUCAACCGCCUUUAGCAUGGAGGAUGAAUACAAUGAAAGAAGUUUGAUAUUCUUAAUCAUAGAUUCUCUGUUAAAUAUAAUUUACCUUUAUUCAAUCGAGAUAGCCCGUAGUUAAUUUCACCUAAGAGAGUAAAAAAAAAGUAAUGUAUGCAUAAAAUAUGACAGAUACUCAAUAGUAUACUGUACAUUCAGAGAAAACUGUCCUUUUAGAAGGGGCCAUAAAUAGCUUAACACCCCAAGAAGACUAAUACGAAAAGCCCGCAAAGAACCAAAUGCAUCCUAAGAACGCAUGCGCAAGGUAGGAGAAAGAGAAGAAAAGUAUGAUCAAACUCCGCUUCCCUUCGCUUUUCUGUUAAUCCAAGAGACAAGACUACAAGAGUCUAAUGAAAUGGGGUUGUUGGCUACCAUAAAACAUAGAUUCCACUUCUAGAUCUUUAUAGCUCCCAUCCAAAUCCCAAAGAAGGCCAGGGUCAUUUUUCAACCGUUCGGUAACCCGUAUCAAUCCCAUCAUACACGCGAUAAAAAUGGUAAAAAGCGAAGAGGGGCAGCUAGGAGUGGAAAGUGAAGAAACAGGAGACAUUAACAUCAAUUUUCAACCUGCAUGAUUUGAGAAACUAACUCAAGCAAGUAUUAUUGUGUUGUAUGUAAAUGAGCGGAAGCAGUACCCCUCAACCCAACGCCGAAAGAUCCAACGGAACACUACUCCCCCUCCCAGCCCUGUACAACUUCUGGCCACCACGGAACUCCCUGGGUUUCGGAAAUAACGACUCAUUCUGGAAUUUGAAUCUUGGGU